AUGAAUUCCACCAUAAAUAUUGUUACUUCUGGUUGUACACAUGGAGAAUUAGAUGUUUUAUAUAGAACUAUUGAAGAAUUAGAAUCUCAAAGUGGCAAAAAAGUUGAUCUCGUUAUAUGCUGUGGUGAUUUUCAGGCUGUUAGAAAUUUAGGAGAUCUUGAAUAUAUGAAUUGUCCUCCUAGAUACAGAGAUCUAGGAACUUUUUAUAAAUAUUAUUCUGGCAUUGAUAAAGCACCCUACUUAACAAUAUUUAUUGGUGGAAAUCAUGAAGCUAGUUCUUAUUUAUCAGAACUUCCUUAUGGUGGUUGGGUAGCUCCAAACAUUUAUUAUAUGGGAUUUUCAUCUGUUAUUCAAUUUGCUGGAUUACGUAUAGCUGGUUUAUCAGGGAUUUUUAAUAAUUAUAAUUACAAUAAAGGUCACUUUGAAUGUGUACCUUUUACUCGUGAGACAAUAACGUCAAUAUAUCAUGUUCGAUCUAUCGAUACUUUUCGUUUAAAACAACUUGAAGGAUCAGGAAAAAUUGAUAUUAUGAUAACACAUGAUUGGCCUUGUGGAAUAACUAAAUUUGGCAAUGAAGAAGAAUUAUUGAGAAUAAAACCUUAUUUCAGGAAUGAUAUAAAGGCAAAUAAAUUGGGGAACCCACAUGCUAUAGGAUUACUUAAUAUGUUAAAACCAUCAUAUUGGUUUUCUGCUCAUAUGCAUGUCAAAUUUGCAGCACUAGUUAAUCAUGAAGACAAUACAUUUACACGUUUUCUAGCUUUGGAUAAACCUAUUCCAGGUCGACAAUUUUUACAGCUUCUUGAAAUUCCUGUAAAAGAGGGUGAAACGAAAGUUUUAAAAUAUGACGAAUGCUGGCUUUCAAUUCUUAAAAAUACAGAUCAUUUAACAGUAAUCUCCAACCAUGAUAAUUAUAUGCCAAAUUCUUACAGUACCACGGAAAGAUAA